AUGAAGAUCAAGCCCUUUGUUCUAGGCAUAGCCUCCGUGCUCAGCUCCCUGGUGGACGCACUACCGAGCCCAGGCAAUCAGACUAGCAAGCCACAGGCCUCGGACCGAAUGGUCUUUGCCCAUUUCAUGAUCGGAAUCGUCAGCAACCGCAAGUCGGCCACCGAGUUCGACAGCGACAUGAAACGCGCGAAAGACUUAGGGAUCGAUGCCUUCGCCCUCAACAUUGGCGUGGACCGCGUCGACCCCUUCACAGAUACACAAUUGGAGUUUGCGUACCAGUCGGCCGCGAACAAUGACAUGAAGGUUUUUAUAUCCUUCGACUUCAACUGGUGGAAGGAAGACUCAGAGGCCUCUCUAGUUGGCCAGAAGAUUGCCAAGUUUGGGGGAAAGCCGGCGCAGCUCAUGAUGGACGGCAAGAUUUUCGUCUCAUCGUUUGCUGGUGACCGAGUGGAUGUCAACGCGAUCCGUUCUGCUGCUGGUCGGCCCAUCUACUGGGCUCCGAACUACCACCGACCGGAGAGCGCUGAUAUCUCCAAAGUGGAUGCUCUGCUGAACUGGAUGGCCUGGCCCAACGACGGGAACAACAAGGCACCUAAGCCCGGUCAUCUUGUGACCGUGCAGGAUGGCGAUAAGAAGUAUAUGAAUGCGUUGGGAGGCAAGCCCUAUAUCGCUCGUGAGCAAAUUCCUAUGCCCUACUUUAUGUCAUCUAGCCCAGAGCUAACCUCGCCGUCAGCCGUCUCGCCUUGGUUCUCUACCCACUUUGGCCCCGAAGUCCCAUAUAGUAAGAACUGGGUCUUUCCGUCGGACAAUCUUUGGUAUGAGCGAUGGAUUGAGAUGUUGAACCUCAAGCCACGCUUCAUUGAAAUCGUCACUUGGAACGACUACGGUGAAUCCCAUUACAUUGCCCCUCUGGCCUCUCCCCAUACAGAUGACGGAUGUUCCAAAUAUGUCAAUGACAUGCCACAUAAUGGCUGGAUGGAACUGGCCCGGCCUUUCAUUGCCGCCUACAAGGCGGGUGCCUCAUCCGUUAACGAAUAUAUCAAGGACGAGCAAUUGAUCUACUGGUAUCGACCAUCUCCCCGCGGCGCAAACUGCGACGCCACCGACACCUGCAUGGUUCCCGCAGACAACAGCAGCGGCAAUUACUUCAUGGGCCGGCCAAAUGGCUGGGAGUCCAUGGAUGACGUGGUCUUCGUCGUCUCCAUGUUGAAGUCCCCCGCCAAGAUCCAGGUCUCCUCGGGGACCAGCCAGCAAGUCUUCGAGGCCAAGGCUGGAGCCACAGCCUUCAAAGCCCCGAUGGGCGUCGGGCAGCAGAGCUUCGCCGUGGUCCGCGACAACAAGAUGGUCCUGGCCGGGACGAGUCCAAAGGAUAUCAUCGACGGGUGUGUGUGCGGUAUCUAUAACUUCAAUGCCUUCGUCGGGAUGCUCCCCGCGGAGCCCAUGGACAACCUCCAGCCAGACAGUCUCGCCCGCUUCGCCCAAGGCCUCAAGGUGCAAUGCGAAGCCAGACCGUCGCUAAAACCACCACCACCUCCACCAUCAACAAUCAAUCCCAACCCACCUACCAACCCUCCAAACCCACCGACGAAUCCUCCAAACCCUCCCCCAACCAAUAAUCCUCCAAACCCUCCCCCAACCAACAAUCCCCCUCCUCCACCGCCCCCUACCACAACCCAAACCCACCAUCACCACCAACGAACAACCCUCCCCCAAACAAUCCUCCCCCAAAUCAGCCCCCAGGAACUGUCUGCACCGGUGGCACAGGCCAAGACAACCACAAAGGUCUCUGCGACUUCUGCUGCCACUAUGGCUACUGCCCGCCAGGACCCUGCACCUGCAACGCAUACGGCGCCCCAGUCCUGA